GAACGAAAAAGGUACACUGUCGGAGCAGCGGAAGUAACGGAUACCGGAAGUGUUGCGUAGUUUCUGUAUACUUGCUCCGUGUGUUGAUCGUGUUUAUGUCGUAAUGGCGGCUCAGUAGCAGCGUUUAGCUAAAACAACAACACAGUGUUAAAAACUAAUUCAAGAUGCCGAAGGUCGUGUCCAGAAGCGUCGUGUGCUCGGACACCCGGGACCGAGAGGAGUACGAUGAUGGAGAGAAGCCGCUGCACGUCUUCUACUGCCUGUGCGGGCAGAUGGUGCUGGUGCUGGACUGUCAGCUGGAGAAGCUCCCCAUGCGGCCCUGGGACAAAGCCCGGGUGAUCGACGCGGCCAAGCACGCACACAAGUUCUGCAACGUGGAGGUGGACGAGACCGCGUACGUGAAGCGGGCCGAGGGCAUCGAGAGGCAGCGCCGCAAGAAGUGCGGCAAGUGCGGCCUGCUGCUCUUCUACCAGCACCUGGAGAAGAACAGCCCGGCCACCUUCAUCGUGGACGGGGCCGUGGUGAAGUACAGCCUGGGCUACGGCGGCACCAGCGUGUACAGCACGAAGCCCGAGCCGCCCAAGAAGGUGCGCGUCAUGAUGACCAAGCGCACCAAGGACAUGGGCAAGUUCAGCUCCGUCACCGUGUCCACCAUCGACGAGGAGGAGGAGGAGAUCGAGGCCCGCGAGGUGGCCGACUCGUACGCCCAGAACGCCAAGGUGAUCGAGAAGCAGCUGGAGAGGAAGGGCAUGAGCAAGAGGAGGCUGCAGGAGCUGGCCGAGCUGGAGGAGGCCAAGAAGGCGAAGAUGAAGGGGACACUCAUCGAUAAUCAGUUCAAGUAGACGAGUGUCACUGAGGGAGACACACACACUGUGACUGUUGACCUGUUUCCAUCCAUGGAUCCUGCAGCUUCGACCUGAUAUGUUCAGCUUGUCUGGAGUAACAUCGCCUUUAAUAUACGCUUCAUAUAUCUGGACACACAGAAAAAAGGACUGAUGAAGAUGAUGUUACAUGUUUUUCAAUCCUGGAAAGAAGUUGUAGAUGUUUUGAAAUGUUAUUUUUUACUAAAUAAACCUGUUGGUAGCA